AUGCCGACGAAAAGCUUUGUACUGAGUGAAAACCGACGUAUGAUAAAUUUAGUUGGCUUAGCUACUAUGACAGUUGUUUAUAUCGACGAUCUAUCAAGUUUGUCGUCAGAUGAAUUUAAGGUAUCGUAGAAGGCUUACUCUCUAUUUUACAGUUUAAAAAAAAAAUAUUUCUUAAUUGUGAUGCAUUAACACAUGUGGAAGGCACUAAUGUGAAAUAAAUUUUCAUUUAGGAUAACGAUGAUAAAAUAUUAGACGGCAUAACAGAAUGUGGAAUAGAAAAUGAAGAUGACGGUAUCCAAAAUUGGGACUUCAAAGAGUCUCCAUAUCGGUAUGCCGAUAGUUCCAGGUACGCUUAGUGAAUGAAUUCUCAAUCCGAGCAGAAUUCUUUUUCUCUCGUUUUCUCAACGCUGGGUGUGGGUGUGGG